CUUAAUUGAAUUUUAAUUGAACUUAGUUUUUCUAAUAUUUUCUCCUGUGUUAUGCUGCUUUUUCUGAUAUGUCUUGGCCUGACCUACUCAUCACCACUCGUUCAAAAGACAUAUUUGGUGGAGACAUUUAGUGGUGCUAGCUAUCUAGUGACACAGAAUAUUCCAGCUUUAGUUCCCUCUGUUCCACAUCUCAAUACUCCAGCUGUAGUUUCUUCUAUUCCAGAGCUUAAGACUCCAGCUGUAGUUCCUUCAAUUCCAGAGCUCAAUAUUCCAGCUGUAGUUCGUUCUAGUCCAGAGCGCAAUAUUCCAGCUGUAGUUCGUUCUAGUUCAGAGCUCAAUAUUCCAGCUGUUCGUUCUAGUCCAGAGCUCAAUAUUCCAGCUGUAGUUCGUUCUAGUCCAGAGCGCAAUAUUCCAGCUGUAGUUCGUUCUAGUCCAGAGCUCAAUAUUCCAGCUGUAGUUCGUUCUAGUUCAGAGCUCAAUAUCCCAGCUGCUGUUUCUUCUAGUUCAGAAUUUAAGAAGGUUGGAGAAACAGGAAAUGAUUACAAAAUUGAUUGUCAAAAGUUAAAAUGUAUUUGUAAUAAUAGAAGGACAAAAAGACAGGUGGAAGCUUGUUGCAAUUGCAAUUCAAGAAAAGGAGUAAUUGGGAAAAAAGGGUAUGGUGAUAAAAAUAAAACUAAUAAGAAAGAUUUGAGCAUUGGAAAUUCAGAUCUCUAUAGUGGAGAGUUUAACUAUAGUUUAGAAGGAAAGACUCAAUUCCACUGGCCAAACAGAAACGGAGGUUUAACCGCAAACUCGAAAAUUCCUGAAAACUCAGAAAAGCCUAAAAACUCGGAAAAGCCUAAAAACUCGGAAAAGCCUAAAAACUCGGAAAAGCCUAAAAACUCGGAAAAGCCCGGAAAUGUGAAUAAAGGAACAGAUUACCAAGAUGAUAAUCAAGAAAAGCCUAAAAACUCGGAAAAGCCUAAAAACUCGGAAAAUCUCGGAAAUGUGGAUAAAGGAACAGAUAACCAAGAUGAUAAUCAAGAAAAGCCUAAAAACUCGGAAAAGCCUAAAAACUCGGAAAAUCCCGGAAUUGUGGAUAAAGGAACAGAUAACCAAGAUGAUAAUGAAGAUUAUGAAAUAGAAUAUCUAGAGAUUGAAUAUUUAUAAAAUAUAAAAUAGCAAAAAAGUA